AUGGAGGCAGAGCUUGGGGCUGGUGUGGGCGAGGUAAGGGUGUGGCUAGGGCGUGGUCAGGGCGGGGCAGAAUCAGCCGUUGAGGGGCAGUUAGUGGCUGUCGGUAGCUCACUGAAAUGUUCCAAAGUCCCUCGUGGAUCCCAAGGACUCAAUCCUCAACCCAAAUUGCUAGUCAUGAUGUUGGAUCAGAGGAUCCCCCAGCUCCAGAUCCUGGUCUUUAUGGCCGCACAGUCAUCCCUUGCUCAGCUGCCCCCAAUACCACCAAUCACGGAUCCCAAAUUUAUCGAGGAUUGUGUCAAAAUCCACAAUGAGUCGCGGGCUGUAGUUAACCCGCCAGCUGGAAACAUGAAAUAGGUGACUUGGGAUACCAGUUUAGCAAAGACUGCCAGAGCAUGGGCAAAGAAAUGUGUUUUUAAACAGAAUGUUUAUAUAGCCAAAAGACAUGCAUGCCAUCCUCUUUUUAAAACUGUAGGAGAAAAUUUAUGGAUGGGCACACUGACCGAAUAUGUUGUCAGAAAUGCUACUACAGAUUGGUUCAAUGAAGUAAAAUAUUUUGAUUUGAGUGACAAUAGAUGUUCGAGAGUCUGUGGCCAUUACACUCAGGUUGUCUGGGCCUCUACCUAUAAAGUUGGCUGUGCUCUUAAAAUGUGUCCUAAUUUAGGAAAACAUGUUGCAAUGUUUGUGUGCAAUUAUUCACCUGAAGGAAACUUGAUUGGAACGAGGCCUUAUACAAAAGGAGUAUCAUGCACUUAUUGUGAGGAAGGAGAUACUUGUGAAAAUAAUCAAUGCAGUAAGCAACAGUUGAAUGAGUUGAAAAAUUAUCCAUAUUGGAAUCCAACUUGGGAAAUUCCUCGUCGAAUUACAUGUGAUCCAUUCUGUCAAAUCUGAGGCCAGAGGAGAUCCUGCAGAGAAGAAAAGAAUGGACUAGUGAAAUCAGGUAGUAAGGCUGAUAAAGCAAUUUAUGUGAACUUGGCAUUAUAGCUUACAUAAACGUGAA